GGUCCCUGUGGCGGAGCUGUGUGAUUGGUCCCUGUGGCGGAGCUGUGUGAUUGGUCCCUGUGGCGGAGCUGUGUGAUUGGUCCCUGUGGCGGAGCUGUGUGAUUGGUCCCUGUGGCGGAGCUGUGUGAUUGGUCCCUGUGGCGGAGCUGUGUGAUUGGUCCCUGUGGCGGAGCUGUGUGAUUGGUCCCUGUGGCGGAGCUGUGUGAUUGGUCCCUGUGGCGGAGCUGUGUGAUUGGUCCCUGUGGCGGAGCUGAGCUGUUGUGCUGAGUCGGGAGCUGCGGUUUGGGCCACUUUGUCAAUGGGGGGACGCGGGAAAAGGAAAGCGGCGUUUAAACGCGGAGAGUCUGUGAAGCCAGGCGAUGAUGCUAAGAAAAAGCGACCAGAGAAGGCUACCUUCCCUGAGGAAAUAAGAAAAGAGAUUCACAGUCUCUACAAGCUCCCGAUGCCUGAAGAUUUUUAUCACUUCUGGAAAUUCUGUGAGGACUUGAAUCCUGAGGAUCCUUGUGAGGCUUUGAAGUCGAGCCUUGGGCUGCAGCUCGUUGGGCCUUAUGAUAUCUUGGCAGGAAAACAUAAAAGGACAAAAAACUCCGACCUAAACUAUCAUCUUCAUUGGAGACACUUCUACGAUCCACCAGAAUUCCAGACCGUCCUCAUUGGUGAUUCUGUCACGCAAUUUCACCUCGGCUACUUCAGACUCUUGUUGUCUAAGAGACUAAAGGAGAUGAGCAAUAAAAAAGAGAUCCGUGUUUUGAAAGACCUUGAUGCCCAGUUGAUCGCAUUAGCGGCAAAAUUAGAUUAUUCUCUGGACCAAAGAACUAAAGAGAUGAAACAAAGGGAUAAGAAGGUUCUGACAAAGACCUUUCAUGGUGCAGGUCUGGUCGUCCCUGUAGAUAAAAAUGACGUAGGUUACAGAAACCUGCCCGAAACAGACGUGAGCCUCAAAAAGAUCUGCAAGGCUAUUGUAGAAGCUCCAAAUGAUGAAGAGCGGAUUAGGGCCUUUGCUCCAAUCCAGGAAAUAAUAACAUACGUUCAGUUUGCAAAUGAUGAAUGCGAUUAUGGAAUGGGAUACGAAUUAGGAAUGGAUCUCUUCUGUUACGGAUCACAUUACUUUCACAAAUUGGUACGGCAGCUUUUACCUUUGGCCUACAAUCUCUUGAAGAGGCCCCUAUUUGCAGAGAUUAUUGAAGUUCAUUUGGCCAACAGAAAUUGGGAUAAUCUGGAUCAACUAAAGGCUUGAGUUUUUCAAACCAAGGCAGUGUGAUUCAGUUUCCCGAGCAAGAGCUGAUUGACCAUUUCCCCGGCCUAUUGUAAACUGUAAAAUCUGAGAACGGUCUGUGAGGUGUAUCUGGUUUUGAAAUGUGUAUGUUAAAGAGUUGAUGUAGUUUUUGUAAUAAAGAAUCUUUGUUAAGUCGUA